AUGGCGUUGCUUGAAAACUCAGAACCAGCUUCCGCAGGCCGCUGGUGUGUGAUUGCAGAACAGGAACCUGGGCUCAGUGCAAUGCAGCCCAAUCCUUCAAGUAUCCAGAAGGAGCCAGGUAUAAUCCGUAUCGACCAAUGCCCAUCGAUGAGGCAGAAGGCAGAACCGCCAGAUAUCCUCUACGUCUUGCGACCACCCCGGAGCAGCAGUCUGCUGCAGGAGGUGGCGAGUCAGGAGCCUUCCCUCCGAUUGCCCAAGCGCUUGCUUGGCAAAAAGGCCUUGCAUCAAGCUGGCAAGCAGCAGAGUAUGUUGAUGCUUGAUGCCCCUGAUGAGCCAAAGGAGUCCAAGAAGUCAAAGGAGCCUGAGAACUCAAAGCCUGAGAACCCGACAGAGCCUGAGAACUCAAAGCCUCAGAACCCAACGGAGGCUGAGAACUCAAAGCCCGAGAACCCGACAGAGCCUGAGAACUCAAGGCCUCAGAACCCAACGGAGGCUGAGAACUCAAAGCCCGAGAACCCGACAGAGCCUGUGAACUCAAAGGGGCCUGGGAAGUCAGAGGAGCCUGCGAAGACAAAGGAGAGCGAGGACACCCCUCGCAACAUCUCCAAAGCUUGCAGAGACGUUUUUCCCAAGGGAAUCCCGGAGACCCUCACAGCGGACGACCUCGCAGCCCUCAACGAUCUACCGGUGCUGCUGGAUCUUCGACAAUCGCUGCCAGAGAAGGUGACGCAGGACUUGGAUGAAGCCGAACAGCAAAAAAUUACGGAGCUCCUGCACGAGCUCUGCGAUGAGCACAUGGGCACCUUGGGUCUGAUGCCCAAAGCAGAAAACAAGGCAGAGACAGAGAAGCAGGCGCUCUACAUGACUGACCUAAUUGAGUUGAACGCCGGAGAGCAGGUGAAAGCUUUGGAUCAGCACUUCAGGCGCACCUGUCGUUGCGAAGGUCACAGUAGUUGCAACUGGUAUUCUUAUGGCGCUCACAUGACGAUGUGGUGCUACGUGGCCGAAAGCUCGGUCCCCUGGUGCCAUUUGGAAGGGAUCCAGCUCUUCAAGGAUACAAAGAACAAGACCUGGACGGUGGAUUUGUGUCAGGAGGGCUCCUGCAAAUGUGCUGGACUGGGCAUGCCAGCGGAGGACGAGGACACGGUGGAUGCGGACAACCCGCUGAUUCAGAAGAAUCCCAUCUACUAUGGCUACAAGUGCGGCAAGUGGCGCAACGGCGAUACCCUGAGUUGGUGUUGGGCCGGCAUGGAUAGCAGCUGCUUCAAUCGCGACCGACCUCUGCCCCCGGAUUACAAGACAUCCAAUUGGCCGAAGGGGAUGCUGUACAUGUUCCGAUCGGUGGAGCCUUGUUCCAACAACAACUUGGGUCAGGGGCCGGGAGGACGGCUGGAGCCGGCCCUGCAGCUCUGUGAAUACCUGCAGGUGUCUCUGGAAAUCUUCAUGUACCUCUACCUGAUUUGUAUGUUCCCCAUGGGUGGCAUCAUCUUCAAAUUCAUCUGUAAUCGCUGUGGCGAUGCCAUACAGACUGAGCAUCAAUUCCAGGCCUACGACACCUCCGAAGACUCCGACGACGUGAGCGGCGCCGCCGCGGAGCCGCCCGCUUCGUCAGCGCCGGCGCGGGAUAGCUUCACGGCAUGGGAGGGAUUUUUGGGGCCACAGCAGGCACAGGCAGCACAGUCUUCGCCCCUGGCCAUGCCGCAUCCUCCCUUGUUGAUUGAGACGGCAGAGGUCUCUCCUCUCAGUGAGCCAGAUAUCCUUUUGCAGGACAGCCCACCUAGCGACUUCCCGGGGGUCCCAGUCUUGCCGGGCGGAGCAUUGGGUGCCACGAAUGGACUGGUGUUGCAUCCACAAAAGUGGAGCGAGGAUCAAGUGAGGGAAUGGUGGGAGAGACAGACCAAGAGGCGACCGCAAGUGGAGCCUCUGUCCAAAGGCACCGAUGGCCGGAACAUCAUGCGUUGGAACGUGAGUCGUUUUGAGCAGAUGUGCAAGGACACUGGUCUGGCUAUGGCGCUCUAUCAGGACUUGCGAAACGAGGUGCAGCGCUUCGAACAUUUUCGCAAGACUGGGGUGGUGCUGAAGGCCACACCCAUUGUGAACGGCGACCGCCGGCCAUCUGAGAAGAACGGCUUGACUUUCAAUCCCAAGAAGCGUGUUGACAGCAAGCAGUUCAAUUCCCAGGAGCUGGCGCCCAAGAGGCCGACCACCACUGGAUGCCGUGGCCGGGUUCAAACGGCUCCAUCGCUCCCCGGGACGGUUCCGGCAGCCAACGGUAACGGCCCGGGGCCCCCGGGGCCCGCGGGCCCCCUGGGGGCUCGGGCCAAAACUGCAGCGCGGCCGAACAGCAAAGGUGCAGUGAUCAGAAUGAAAUCUGCACCUAGAAUCUCCAGUGGCACUCCGAAGCCAACUGUAGCUGUGGCUGAGAAGGGCAAGGUGAACGGCACGAAUGGAACGAAGGUCAAAGAGACCAAAGAGGUCCGUCGCAGAUCGCUGGUCAUGGAAGACUUAGGCGAUGCCAUGUUGCAUCAGCUGAGCACUUCCAAGGCGAAACAAAAACCGGAGGAGCUGGUGAUGGAUGGGAAACCUCCAAGGGCCGCGGAUGACACUGUCGUAGUUGCUCGCAGACCAAAAUCUGCACGUGUGGAGAAAGUGAAGGAUGAUGAUCCGGAAGAGACUCGCCAGAUGUUCGACAAGAGAGAGCUGCGAAAGCGCCACAAGGAGCUCUUUGCGCAGCAUGUCACGCAGUGGCGCAGGAGACAGAUAGAUUCUCCCAGCCCUGAGGCAGAAGCCUGCCGAGUUCGAGUCUACGUUCGGAAGAGGCCUCUGUUUGAUUAUGAAAAAGAGGCAGAAGAAUUUGAUGUAGCUACAGCCCGUGGUCGGAAGAUUGUGAUCCACAACUGCCUGACUAAAGCUGACCUUCGUUCCCUCUUCAUCUCGCACAUGGGCUUCCAAUUUGCACAGGCCUUUGGCGAGUCGGUCUCUGACGAUGAGGUGUAUCAGCAGUGCGCGGCGGACGCUGUGCAACACAUGCUGCAGGGCAAGGUCGCCACUCUUUUCAUGUUUGGCCAAACUGGCAGUGGAAAAACCCACACCAUGAGUGGUCUCUGUCAACGAGCGGCACAGCACAUCUUUCGGUCCCAGUCGCUGGUGACGUUGACCGCCUUUGAAAUCGCGGGCAAGGUCAUGCGGGAUCUCUUAGAUCACAGUUCCAAGGAACUGAAGAUCCGUGAGGAUAAAAGUGGCAAGACGCAAAUUCUGGGGCUUCAAGGCUCCGAGGCCUCAAGUCCGGAGGCGCUGUUGAGUCAGCUUCGAGAGGCGCAGGCGGGGCGCGCCACGCGCGCCACGCAGGUGAAUGAGACCUCCUCGCGAUCGCAUGCGGUGUUUCGCAUCACAAAAGGUGAUGCGACGCUGACG